AUGAGAGUACUUUGCGUUGCAGAGAAGCCAUCCAUUGCAAGGUCCAUUACGGGAAUUCUUUCUGGUGGACAAUACUCAACGCGUAACACAGGGAACAACUUUGUCAAGAACUACGACUUUGAUUACCCACAAACUAAUUCGACCUUUACCGUUACCUGUGUCUCGGGUCAUCUGACGUCUCAGGACUUUGGAGAAGCACAUCGGAAAUGGAACUCAUGUGAUCCCUUUGCGCUAUUCGACGCGCCUGUCGAGACCCUUAUACCACCAGACAAGAAAUCUAUAGAGAGGAAUCUACGAACAGAGGGCGGUCGUGCGGACACGUUAAUGAUAUGGACGGAUUGCGAUCGGGAAGGAGAGCACAUUGGGAUGGAGAUAGCUCGUGUGUGUCGAAAGGCGAAGCCGAAUAUCGUUGUGAAGCGUGCCAGAUUCAGUGCUAUUAUAGCCCAACAAAUCCACCAUGCUGCCCAGCACCCCAUAGAGUUGGAUCGUGCCCAAGCCGAGGCCGUGGAAGCUCGAAUCCUCCUUGACCUCAAGGUUGGUGCUGCUUUCACCCGCAUGCAAACCCUCGCCCUGCAACGUCAGUUUGCGCAACUAGAGGGCGUUCUCUCCUACGGACCAUGCCAAUUUCCAACUCUAGGUUUCGUCGUCCAACGAUACAACCGAGUCAAGGCAUUCCGCCCAGAAACGUUCUGGUACAUCUAUCUCUCCCUAACACGAGAUGGUGAGGAGACCAAGUUCACGUGGAAAGAAGGGCACCUAUUCGAUCAAGGUGGCGCAGCUCGCAUCUACGAAAUAGUGCUGCAAAAUCCUAGGGCCAGGGUCAUCCGCGUUACGAAGAAGGACACAAAGAAAUGGAAGCCUCUACCCUUGACUACGGUCGAACUUCAAAAAGCUGGGUCGCGACUACUGAAGCUAGCUCCGAAGAAAGUCUUGGAUGUUGCAGAGAAGCUCUACCAACAAGGAUUCGUCUCCUACCCUCGCACAGAAACUGACCAGUUUGAUCCCCAAUUUGACUUUAUGACUCUCAUUGGAAAGCAGACCGUUGAUCCAGCAUGGGGUGAAUUCGCAAGAACGUAUCAAAAUGGUGGUUUCGGCGUUCCACGAAAAGGCAAGAACAACGAUAAAGCCCAUCCUCCCAUCCACCCUACAGCGCACGCGGGUAACCUUGUCGGCGACGAAAAGAAGGUGUACGAGUAUAUCACCCGCCGGUUCCUAGCGUGCUGCUCGAAAGAUGCCGAAGGAUCUCAGACUACGGUCGAAGUCGUGUGUGGAGGAGAAGACUUCUAUCCCUUACCCCUAGGAUUGAUCGUACUACAACGGAAUUAUCUCGAGGUUUACCCAUACGACAAAUGGAUUGGCCAUACAGUUCCGAACUUUCAAGAGGGGGAAGAGUUCGAUCCUUCAGUCUGUGAACUUCGAGAAGGCCAGACAUCAAAGCCCAACUACUUGACGGAGGCGGACCUGGUUACCUUGAUGGACAAGAAUGGUAUUGGGACGGAUGCGACCAUUGCCCAACAUAUCCAGACAAUAGUUGACAGGGAAUACGUCGUUGAGCGAAUGGAAGGCGCCAUUAAGUACCUAGUCCCUUCGACCCUAGGCAUUGGUCUCAUAGAUGGCUACAACGAAAUCGGCAAGUCAUUUUCUCGAUUACUUUCCUUCACCAGAUUAACGUUUCUGGUGCACCAGACCGAACGCAGGAUGGUACAAGUUUGCGAACGGACAACGACCAAAAACGACAUGUUGCAGACGAGUCUUGAUCAGUACAAGCAUAUGUUCAUCAUUGCACGAAGGGAGUUCGACAAAGUAGCUACGGUGGGUCUUAUAACUCAUUCCCAUUCAGCCUGGAAGCUUAUGGUAUCGCAUAGAGUGUUGGGAGAUACAUUGGUGCAGGUGUUACUGGAGGGGCAGGAGGAGGUGGAAGAGGCGGUGGUGGUGGAGGAGGAGGAAGAGGCGGUGGUGGUGGUGGUGGUGGUGGUGGAAAUGGGGGUCAUGGUGGCAACGGCGCGGCAGGCCGAGGAAGAGGAGGUGCCGCUCCUGCACGCGGCAGAGGUGGCGGUCGUGGAGGCAGCUCUCGAGGUGCAGCUCCUCCUGCUCCUAACUCCGAUUCUGAAGGUGAGAGCCUUUGGCAUGAUCUCACUUACUCAUGCGUAA